AUGGCAAGGUCAUCUGCAUUAACAGGUUCACAAGGUCAUUUUAGGUCUAUUAGCUUGCCUUCCAGGUUACAUCCCCAUUGUGGCAAGAUUGAAGCUGAACUAAACAAGCUUAAGACCUGGGAAAUAUCCACAGGUUCUGCAUCUCCUUUAAACGCUGAGACUAUUAGAACCGGCCUGGUUGGGCUCCCAGAGUUGUACAACCGUGUCGAAGAACUCAUCCGCUCUCCAGUCACCCGGCAAGUUAUUCUCCAGCAUCAACAUGGAGUACUAGUGGAAGAGGCACUCGAGGGCUCCAUAGGAUUGUUGGACUCAUGCAGCAUGGCACGAGACUUCUUGUCGCUCAUGAAGGAGAGCGUUCAAGAUCUUCAGUCUGUGUUGCGAAGGAAGGGUGCAGACUCCAGCACUGCGAGCAACCUCAGUUCUUACCUUUGCUGCAGGAAGAAAGUGAAGAAGAACAUCACUAGGGGCCUUAGAUCAUUGAAGCAAAUAGAGAUGAAAACUGGACCCUCUCCUCUCUUAGACAGGGAUCAGGAUCACUACUUAUCAAUGAUGAUAAGAGUGUUGAGAGAAGUAAUCGGUAUUACCAUCUCUGUCAUUCGAUGCGUGUUGGUGUUCUUGCAAGUGCCGGUUUCAAAGUCAAAGGCUAAGGGAUGGUCAUUGAUCUCAAAGUUGAUGAUUACAAGGCAAGUAGCAGCCUCAGAGAGUGGCCAUGGCAAGAUUUUCAAUGAAGUGGGAAGUGUUGAUGAGGCUAUCCAGUCUUUGCAUGGAUGCCUUAGGAGCAAUAAUGGUGCAAAGAUUGGUGUGGAAAUGGCAAGAAGAAGAUUGCAAGCUCUUAAUGACAGGACAGAAGGGCUUGAGGCUGGACUGGAUUGCCUGUUUAGGCGCCUGAUCCAACACAGAGUCUCCCUUCUUAACAUUUUGGCUCACUGA